GUAAGGAAACGCGAUGCUGGGCUUUUUGUCUGCGCGACAAGCGGGUUUGGAGGACCCUUUUCGCUUCCAGAGAGCAGAGGCCACACGAAGAGAGAUCUACGUGUUACAUGAACAACACAUUCAAUAACUCUGAAGAAUUAAGUUUUCCAAGUUUACCUUGCAUGUAAUGGCACAGUAAUCACUAAUGAAUUUGGGUCUUGGGACUGGAAUUAAAUAAAGACAGAGAUGUUGAAAGAAUCCAUGGCAGUGGAGUUAACACCCUUGACAUUGAACCUGUUGAAAGGAGAUAGGCUCAUCUUUUAAUACCCACUCAAGGACAACUGUGGGGCACUCACAUAAAAAAUAUCUGCAGACAUGAGGAACAAGGGAUGACUGAUUCCUCUUGGCCUUGUGUUCUGCAUGUUAUCAGGUGGUUCCGAUGGCGUGAUUGUACUUUAUGACCUUGAGAACUCCACCAGACAACCUUAUUACACGUGUAAAGCACUGUGCUCCAUUGGCAGAAACCAUGCCGAUGUUCACAAAUAUAGUGUGGAGACUGUUCAGUGGUACCCUCAUGACACAGGCAUGUUCACAUCAAGCUCAUUUGAUAAAACUCUGAAAGUGUGGGAUACGAAUACAUUACAAACUGCAGAUGUAUUUAAUUUUGAGGAAACAGUUUAUAGUCAUCAUAUGUCUCCAGUUGCCACCAAGCACUGUUUGGUAGCAGUUGGUACUAGAGGACCCAAAGUACAACUUUGUGAUUUAAAGUCUGGAUCCUGUUCUCAUAUUCUACGGGGUCACAGACAGGAAAUAUUGGCAGUUUCCUGGUCACCACGAUAUGACUAUAUCUUGGCAACUGCCAGUGCUGACAGUAGAGUAAAAUUGUGGGAUGUGAGGAAAGCAUCAGGAUGUUUGAUUACUCUUGAUCAACAUAAUGGAGAGAAGUCACAAGCUGCUGAGUCAGCAAACACUGCUCAUAAUGGGAAAGUGAAUGGCUUAUGUUUUACAAGCGAUGGGCUUCACCUACUAACUGUUGGUACAGAUAAUCGAAUGAGGCUCUGGAAUAGUUCCAGUGGAGAAAAUACAUUAGUAAACUAUGGAAAAGUUUUUAACAACAGUAAAAAAGGAUUGAAAUUCACUGUUUCCUGUGGCUGCAGUUCAGAAUUCGUUUUUGUACCAUAUGGCAGCACGAUUGCUGUUUAUACAGUGUACUCAGGAGAACAGAUAACUAUGCUUAAGGGACAUUAUAAAAGUGUUGACUGCUGUGUGUUUCAGUCUAAUUUCCAGGAACUUUACAGUGGUAGCAGAGACUGUAAUAUUCUUGCUUGGGUACCAUCCCUAUAUGAACCACUUCCUGAGGAAGAUGAGACUAAAACCAAGUCCCGGUUAAAUCCAGCCUUUGAAGACGCCUGGAGCAGCAGUGAUGAGGAAGGAUGACUGUCAGCCUUUAGGACCUUUGUUUCUCUAAAGAUGAAAUUUUUUAAGCAGCACUGUUUGCAUGGAGAGUUUUGUAACUGUUCAUUCUAUUCUUAAAAAUUAAAUUAAUCCUGAAUUUGGG